AUGAUCCCAGCUCUGGGUACUAUAAAAGGCCACGACCCCGGCCCGCCAUUGUUCAGUCACGCGGCCCGCCAACCGCGCGCCAUCGAACCCGCAGGCGCCACGGCAACCGCACCGCCAAGCGCGGUGGCGCCUGAGCUGCGGCCCGCGUACCGGAGCCGUGAGAGCAACGCAGGCCGGCCUGGAAUCACGGCGCGGCCAUGCGGGCCGAUUCGAGGCCUGAUUGGUUGGAACGCUGCUGAGGUGGAGGUGAUGGGGGAAGGGUGGACGGUUCGAGGCCUCAUUGGUGGAAGCCUGAGUGAGGUGGCAGUAGUUGGGGGAAGGGUAGCGCAUUCGACGCCUGAUUGGUGGGAGCCCAGCCGCGUCGCGGAAUGUGGCGAGUCAAGACCCCAUUGUGAAAGCCAGCAGGGGGCUCACCGGCUCGUGUUUCGCGCGUUCGGCGGUGCUGUCCGCGGCUCUCCGCGGCUCUCCGCGGCUGUUAAACCACAGCCGUGGGAGGGCAGCGGUGGAAGGGCGGGAGCUGGAGGAGAAAUGGACAAGCCCGAAGAAGAGCCUGGCCCAUCUGACCGGUUACAGAGUCAGGAUGACUGUUACAUUGUUAGUGAGCCCUCAAGCGAGAGUGGAAAAUCCGAAUCCACUGUGGUCAGAAAGGGAGUAAAGAAAAGAGAGAUGAGCCCUGUGAUACUCAGCACUUCUGAGUCUGAUGAUGAAUAUGAUUAUGAAGAAAAGAGAAUGAAGAUGUACGAAAUAAAUAGUGAAGAUGAGAUUUUGGAAGUGAUUUCUGACAGUGAUGAUGAUGAGCAGCAGCAGCCCACCACCUCCACCAUGGACACAUGUCCGGUGGUAAUUAGCGAUGAUGAGGACGACAAUGGUGGCAAUGAUAACAAGAUGGAAAUUCCUGAGCUAAAAGAAGGGGAUUCUCAAGACCCCGGCCAAAUUUGUUCAGAUAAAGGAGAAGUGGAUCAGGGUGCUGCCUCCCAGCAGAGUUCACCUGGCAAUAUUCUACCUGCUGGUCUUACAUGUGAGCAGAGUUCACCUGGUGAUAUUCUGCCUGCUGGUGUUACAUGUGCUAGUGUUCAGCCUGAUAAUGUGCCAUCUGAUAAUGUGCAUGAGAAGCCAGAUCUUGGUGAAAAUCUUGAUCAGCCACCAAAUGAUCCUGAGGGUAGCCCACAAACUACAGAUGAAAAGUUGCCAGCUACUGAAGAGCUCCCAUCUGUGGCAAAGAAAACAAGGAAAAGGAAACGUAAAGCCAGGAGAACACGUAUGGCAUCUGCUACUGGUGGACGAAAAAAAGACACACCUGCAGAGAACAAACCCAGAGGUGAAAAUGCUGAAAAGUGCGAGACUGGGAGAGCUAUGUGCCAAAUACCCGGCUGCUUUUUGCUUGGUAUUGAAAAAACAAAAGAGUAUUCUGGAAAGAAGUUCAAGAAAAAUAAGGAUGAGCUGAUUCAGAAAAUCUACACACUGCUUAACGACACCGUCUUUGAUCAAAAGCUGCCGGAGAAAAUAGACAUUGCGUGGAAUAAGAAGAUGCUGAGAACUGCUGGCUUAUGUACCACUACCGAGAAACAGCACCCAAAGAGGGAACGCUAUGCUAAGAUUGAGAUUUCUCUGAAAGUCUGUGACUCUGCAGACCGACUCCGAGACACCUUGAUACAUGAAAUAUGCCAUGCAGCCUCCUGGCUGAUUGAUGGCAUCAGAGAUUCUCAUGGUGAUAAGUGGAAGUAUUACGCCAACAAGACCAAUAAGAUACACCCGGAGCUGCCCUUGGUCACCCGUUGCCAUAACUAUACAAUUAACUACAAGAUUUAUUAUGAAUGUAAGCACUGCAAAGCCAGGAUUGGCCGCUACACCAGAUCGUUGAACACCGAGCGCUUUAUCUGUGUCGCGUGCAAGGGGCCUCUGGUCUUGCUGCCGUUAACUCGGAAAGAUGGAACCCCCAUUGAGCCCCAUGUGAGACCGUUUGGCAAAUAUGUGCAGGAGAAUUAUAGAAUAGUGUUACAGGAAACAGCAGGGAUUAGCCACGGUGACGUGAUGAAAAAGCUCAGCAAGGAUUAUGCCGCUAGUAAACUAAAGAAAAACCCUUGAGGUUGCCUUAGAGUACGUUUCUAUUACAUUAAACUAACCUCUUUUGUUUUGUUUUGCUUUUUUGUUUUUUUUUUUUUUUUUUUUUUUUUUUUUUUUUUUUUUUUUUUUUUUUUUUUUUUUUUUUUUUUUUUUUUUUUCCUUUUUCAUCGUUAGAAUCAAACCCCAUGUGCUACUAACCUACAUCCCUGGCCCCAGAAUAUUUUUCUUUUCUUUUUUUUCUUUUUUUUUCUUUUUUUCUUAAGACAGGGUCUAACUGUGGAGUUCGAGCUGGUCUUUGAACUCACACUGUGGCCCAGGCCGGUCUCGAACUCCUAACAAUCCUCCUGCCUCAGCCUCCCAAAUGCUAGAAUUAUAGGCGUGCACCACCACACUCAGCCAGUAUAUAUUUCUAUUAACUGAGCCCUUUACUGACAAGAAGUUCUAGAAACAUUUCUGUGAAGUUAUUAAUAUUAGAGUUGAAAUAUAAACUUUUAGAUUCAUCUUACUAAUGAUGAUGUUUUUAACCAAAGGUUUUAUUGUACCCAUGAGAAUAUCCUGAAGGCCUUUGGAUACACGUUGGGUCUUACUUUUACUGCAUUGUUUUAGCAUAUGGAACAAGACACAGAAAAAAAUGAGCUUUUGAGAGUAGCAGGCUGAGAGGAUGAAAUGGAAAAGAGUAAGUUUUAAAGUUAGCACUUCAGAGCCAGGGCCGUUGCAGUAUGUUCUGCCUACUUACACAUGAAGCACACAUUACAGGGAUUUAGUUGCUGAUGACAAUGAGUGAAACUGUCUGAGCCAUGUACUUGUUCAGAAAACAAAAUAAAUAAAGUGUGGGUUUUUGUAUCUCACUUAUUAGC